AUUUAUUUUUUAACGUUGACGUUGGGAACGUACGUACUACGCUGUAAAUCGUAAUAUACCUAGCUGUAAUUUAAGUUUAUCAUCAAUAAAAAAAUUGGUAUAAGUAUUUGAAUAGAAUGGCUGUAAAUUGGAUAGCGUGUGAACUAUGCGCCUUAAAUUCUGCUAAAGAAUUAUGAUUUUACAUGGAUACGAUGUAAAAGGAGCGACAAUUCACGUAAACAUGGGGCUAACCCAUAUUUUUUUUUUUCUUUUGCUGCAUCGAUAUACGGUGUCAACGCCGCCAAAUGAUGGUGAUGCAUCGAAAGCUUCAGAUUUGUGCAACUCCACCACUUCGGAAAACGUGCAUUACGAGUUUACCUCGGAUGUUGUGAACAGUGAACACAUAAUUACAUACAAAGGCUAUUUUCCAAGAACAACUAGAGAGAAUUACGUGAGCGCUGCAUUAAGAAAUGCUGGGGUGUCGAAUUGGACGAUACUGCAGCGUAACAAUCCGGCCAAUGAAUACCCCAGUGACUUCGACGUAGUGAUGAUAGGCGAGGAGGGCAGGAGGGCUCUGGACGCGCUGCGGGACCACCCGGCUAUACGGCGCGUCACUGCGCAGAGGCAAGUCAUGCGCACCAUCAAAUACGUGCGAGAGGACGACUGUGGUCCUAACGGUUGUCUGUACUCGGGCUGGCGCAACCACCAGGCCAGAGCCCUACACUCCCUCCGAAAAACACGAGAUAAUGACGGCUACACGUCCCGGAAGUUGCUGCGGACGGUCCCGCGUCAGAUCACGUCGGUGUUGAAGGCGGACGUGCUGUGGUCGCUCGGAGUUACAGGCGAGGGUGUAAAAGUGGCGGUGUUCGACACCGGUCUCGCGCGCGAUCACCCGCACUUCGGGCGCGUGCGCGAGCGCACCGACUGGACGGGCGAGAAUACGCUCGACGACGCGCUCGGGCACGGCACGUUCGUGGCGGGCGUGAUCGCGUCGCAAGCGGACUGUCGCGGGUUCGCGCCCGACGCCGAUCUCCACAUAUUCAGGGUGUUUACUGAUAAUCAGGUAUCAUACACGUCGUGGUUCUUGGACGCGUUCAACUACGCGAUAAUGCGCAAGAUCGACGUGCUGAACUUGAGCAUAGGCGGGCCGGACUUCAUGGACCAUCCGUUCGUCGACAAGGUCUGGGAGCUCAGCGCUAAUAAGGUGAUAAUGGUGUCGGCUAUCGGCAACGACGGCCCUCUGUACGGCACUCUGAACAACCCGGCGGAUCAGAUGGACGUGAUCGGCGUCGGCGGUAUAGGGUUCGACGAUCGCAUCGCCAAGUUCUCGUCCCGGGGCAUGACCACGUGGGAGCUGCCGCAUGGCUACGGUCGUAUGAAACCAGACAUAGUGACCUACGGCAGCGGUGUUCGCGGGUCCAGUGUCAAUGGCGGAUGCAGGUCUCUUAGUGGAACGUCAGUAGCGUCGCCAGUGGUGGCCGGUGCGAUCGCGCUCCUGGCUAGUGGCGUGCCGCGGCAUCACCUGACCCCCGCCUCCGUCAAGCAGGCGCUGUGCAUGACCGCCGUGCGACUCUCCGGCCCGAACAUGUUUGAACAGGGACACGGGAAACUCGACCUUAUUAGUGCUUAUCAGUUUCUGCGGCAAUACGAGCCGCAAGCGAGCCUCAGUCCGUCGUACAUCGACCUGACCGAGUGUCAGUACAUGUGGCCGUACUGCACGCAGCCGCUGUACCACAGCGCGCAGCCCACCAUCGCGAACGUCACCGUCAUCAACGGGCUCGGCGUGUCCGGACGAGUGAGGGAGGUGACAUGGCACCCCCAUUUGCCGCACGGCGUUUUGCUGUCGGUCUCGGCGGAGUACAGCGAGGUACUGUGGCCGUGGUCCGGCUGGCUGGCGCUCAGCUUCACUGUCAAGGAGGAGGGCGCUGACUUCGAUGGCGUUAUUGAGGGCCAUGUCAACAUGACGGUCGAGAGUUACGGCGAUAAUGGGGACAGGAUACUGAAGAAUGCCACUCUUACACUCCCAAUAAGGGCCCGCGUGAUCCCUGUCCCGGUGCGUUCCCGGCGGCUCCUGUGGGACCAGUUCCACAGCCUGCGAUACCCGGGCGGUUACUUCCCGCGGGACGACCUGCGCGCCAAACACGACCCGCUCGACUGGCACGCGGACCACGUGCACACAAACUUCAGGGACAUGUACCGCCGUUUGAGAGAACACGGAUUCUACCUCGAAGUCAUGGGUUCACCACUAACAUGCAUCAACACAUCUCUCUACGGUGCUCUACUCCUAGUUGAUCCCGAAGACGAGUACUUUCCCGAAGAAAUGGCGACGCUGAAGAAGUCCGUUGACGCGGGACUGUCGCUCAUAGUGUUCGCCGACUGGUACAACGCGUCGCUGCUCAGAUACGUUAAGUUCUACGACGAGAAUACUCGUCAAUGGUGGAUACCCGAAACGGGUGGUGCUAACGUGCCCGCCCUGAAUGAUCUACUCAGCAUGUAUCAGGUGGCGCUAGGUGACCGCGUGUUCGAAGGCUCCUUCAAGCUGGGCGGUCACCCGAUGUACUACGCGAGCGGCACGCACAUACACAGCUUUCCUGAACACGGAGUGCUGAUCACGGCCUCACUGAGUGAUCAGGGGCAGCAGAUAAUGUCGUCAGAGAAGCCAAACGGCGCCGGCAGUGUGUCGGGUGGAGGCCCGACUGUAGACGUCCCCAUUCUGGGCCUCCUGCAAACAGACGGCGAAACCAGGGACUACACCAACGACACUAUGGACAAACUGCCCAAGGCGGGUCGGCUAGUUGUAUACGGCGACUCCUCCUGCCUGGAAGGAGGGGCGGCUCGCAACUGCCACUGGCUGCUACUGGCCGCACUGCAGUACGCGCUGGUGGGACACUUGCCCCCCGCUCUGAAGGAGGCCGCCGCGCCACUCCAAAACCGCGUCAGGGAUGUGCACAUUAUACCGUCAGAGCUACCUCAGCGGUCGGAAGGUGGUCGCUUGCACGUAUAUUCACGCGUGCUGUCGCCGGACGGCAGCGGGCCCAGGCCCGUGCCCGAGUGCGUAAGGCCGGUGCCCCUGACCCCCCACCCGGUGCACGCCGCGCCAGCCGCCCGGACCCUCGCGCCACGGCACCAGCCCACCGACCCUAAGAGCAUAGGUGCGCCAGAUUUAGAAGGAACAGAGCCGGCGCCGAGGGCAUGGCGGGGUGCAGGGGCGGCGCCCGCGAGGUCGCAUCCAGGGCCGGAGCACUCUGCGCCGACGCUCACCAGCCGCGCCAUCACGCUACUUCUCAUUGUAGUAGUGGUGUACUGCACUACCGCCUUAUGGAAGAGGUUCGCGCGUAAGAUCCGCAGGCGACGUCUGAUGGCACUCGCCACCUAGCACAAGGCAAAGUUUUGCAGGACCAAAAACCACGGCUGACGGUGUCGUCGGCGACAUAA